AACCCAGCCACCUGCACCUGCAGAUCGGCUACAAGGUGGAACGUCACAUGUGCGACGGGGACAUCGUCAUCUUCAACCGGCAGCCCACCCUGCACAAGAUGUCCAUGAUGGGCCACAGGGUCAGGAUCCUGCCCUGGUCCACCUUCCGCCUGAACCUCAGUGUCACCACGCCCUACAACGCCGAUUUCGACGGCGACGAGAUGAACCUGCACCUGCCGCAGUCGCUGGAGACGCGGGCGGAGAUCCAGGAGCUGGCCAUGGUGCCCAGGAUGAUCGUCACCCCCCAGAGCAACCGGCCCGUCAUGGGCAUCGUGCAGGACACGCUGACGGCCGUGCGCAAGUUCACCAAGAGGGACGUCUUCCUCGAGAGGGGCGAGGUGAUGAACCUGCUGAUGUUCCUGUCCACGUGGGACGGCAAGGUGCCCCAGCCGGCCAUCCUGAAGCCGCGGCCGCUGUGGACGGGGAAGCAGAUCUUCUCGCUCAUCAUCCCCGGCCACAUCAACUGCAUCCGCACGCACAGCACGCACCCCGACGACGAGGACAGCGGCCCCUACAAGCACAUCUCGCCCGGGGACACCAAGGUGAUCGUGGAGAACGGGGAGCUCAUCAUGGGCAUCCUCUGCAAGAAGUCCCUGGGGACCUCGGCCGGGUCCCUGGUGCACAUCUCCUACCUGGAGAUGGGACACGACACCACGCGGCUCUUCUACAGCAACAUCCAGACGGUCAUCAACAACUGGCUGCUCAUCGAGGGUCACACCAUCGGCAUUGGAGACUCCAUCGCCGACGCCAAGACCUACCAGGACAUCCAGAACACCAUCAAGAAGGCCAAGCAGGACGUGAUCGAGGUGAUCGAGAAGGCGCACAACAACGAGCUGGAGCCCACGCCGGGGAACACCCUGCGCCAGACCUUCGAGAACCAGGUCAACCGCAUCCUCAACGACGCGCGCGACAAGACCGGCUCCUCGGCCCAGAAGUCCCUGUCCGAGUACAACAACUUCAAGUCCAUGGUGGUCUCGGGGGCCAAGGGCUCCAAGAUCAACAUCUCCCAGGUGAUCGCGGUGGUGGGGCAGCAGAACGUGGAGGGCAAGCGGAUCCCGUUCGGCUUCAAGCACCGCACGCUGCCGCACUUCAUCAAGGACGACUACGGCCCCGAGAGCCGCGGCUUCGUGGAGAACUCGUACCUGGCCGGGCUCACCCCCACCGAGUUCUUCUUCCACGCCAUGGGCGGCCGCGAGGGGCUCAUCGACACGGCCGUCAAAACCGCCGAGACCGGGUACAUCCAGCGGCGGCUGAUCAAGUCCAUGGAGUCGGUGAUGGUCAAGUACGACGCCACGGUGAGGAACUCCAUCAACCAGGUGGUGCAGCUGCGCUACGGCGAGGACGGGCUGGCCGGCGAGAGCGUCGAGUUCCAGAACCUGGCCACGCUCAAACCCUCCAACAAGGCCUUCGAGAAGAAGUUCAAGUUUGACUACACCAACGAGCGGGCGCUGCGCCGGACGCUGCAGGAGGAGCUGGUCAAGGACAUCCUGUCCAACGCCCACAUCCAGAACGAGCUGGAGCGCGAGUUCGACCGCAUGCGCGAGGACAGGGAGGUCCUCAGGGUCAUCUUCCCCACCGGGGACAGCAAGGUGGUGCUCCCCUGUAACCUGCUCCGCAUGAUCUGGAACGCGCAGAAGAUUUUCCACAUCAACUCCCGGCUGCCCUCGGACCUGCACCCGGUCAAGGUGGUCGAGGGGGUGAAGGAGCUGAGCCGCAAGCUGGUGAUCGUCAACGGGGAGGACCCUCUGAGCCGGCAGGCGCAGGAGAACGCGACGCUGCUCUUCAACAUCCACCUGCGCUCCACGCUCUGCAGCCGCCGCAUGGUGGAGGAGUUCCGGCUCAGCGGGGAGGCCUUCGACUGGCUGCUGGGCGAGAUCGAGUCCAAGUUCAACCAGGCCAUCGCGCACCCCGGGGAGAUGGUGGGCGCGCUGGCCGCGCAGUCGCUGGGCGAGCCGGCCACGCAGAUGACCCUCAACACCUUCCACUACGCGGGGGUGUCGGCCAAGAACGUCACGCUGGGCGUGCCGCGCCUCAAGGAGCUCAUCAACAUCUCCAAGAAGCCCAAGACGCCGUCGCUGACCGUGUUCCUGCUGGGCCAGAGCGCCCGCGACGCCGAGCGCGCCAAGGACAUCCUGUGCCGCCUGGAGCACACCACGCUGCGCAAGGUGACGGCCAACACCGCCAUCUACUACGACCCCAACCCGCAGAGCACGGUGGUGGCCGAGGACCAGGAGUGGGUCAACGUCUACUACGAGAUGCCCGACUUCGACGUCAGCCGCAUCUCGCCGUGGCUGCUGCGCGUCGAGCUGGACCGCAAGCACAUGACCGACCGCAAGCUGACCAUGGAGCAGAUCGCCGAGAAGAUCAACGCCGGCUUCGGCGACGACCUCAACUGCAUCUUCAACGACGACAACGCCGAGAAGCUGGUGCUGCGCAUCCGCAUCAUGAACAGCGACGAGAACAAGAUGCAGGAGGAGGAGGAGGUGGUGGACAAGAUGGACGACGACGUCUUCCUGCGCUGCAUCGAGUCCAACAUGCUGACGGACAUGACGCUGCAGGGCAUCGAGCAGAUCAGCAAGGUGUACAUGCACCUGCCGCAGACGGACAACAAGAAGAAGAUCAUCAUCACCGAGGACGGCGAGUUCAAGGCUCUCCAGGAGUGGAUCCUGGAGACCGACGGCGUCAGCCUGAUGCGGGUGCUGAGCGAGAAGGACGUGGACCCCGUGCGCACCACGUCCAACGACAUCGUGGAGAUCUUCACCGUUCUGGGCAUCGAGGCGGUGCGCAAGGCGCUGGAGCGGGAGCUCUACCACGUCAUCUCCUUCGACGGCUCCUACGUCAACUACCGGCACCUGGCGCUGCUGUGCGACACCAUGACCUCCAGGGGACACCUGAUGGCCAUCACCCGGCACGGCGUCAACCGCCAGGACACCGGGCCGCUCAUGAAGUGCUCCUUCGAGGAGACGGUCGACGUCCUGAUGGAGGCGGCCGCCCACGGGGAGAGCGACCCCAUGAAGGGCGUGUCCGAGAACAUCAUGCUGGGCCAGCUGGCCCCGGCCGGCACCGGCUGCUUCGACCUCCUGCUGGACGCCGAGAAGUGCAAGCACGGCAUGGAGAUCCCCAGCGCCCUGCCCGGGCUCGGCGUCGGCGGCCCCACCGGGAUGUUCUUCGGCUCCGCCCCCAGCCCCAUGGGGGGGAUGUCCCCGGCCAUGACCCCCUGGAACCAGGGGGCCACCCCGGCCUACGGAGCCUGGUCCCCCAGCGUGGGCAGCGGGAUGACCCCGGGCGGGGCCGGGUUCUCCCCCAGCGCCGCCUCCGACGCCUCCGGGUUCAGCCCCGGUUACUCCCCGGCCUGGUCACCAACACCCGGCUCACCGGGGUCACCCGGGCCCUCCAGCCCCUACAUCCCCUCCCCCGGUGGCGCCAUGUCCCCCAGCUACAGCCCGACGUCCCCCGCCUACGAGCCGCGGUCGCCGGGGGGCUACACCCCACAGAGCCCCAGCUACAGCCCCACGUCCCCCAGCUACAGCCCCACAUCUCCCAGCUACAGCCCCACCUCGCCCAACUACAGCCCCACCUCGCCCAGCUACAGCCCCACCUCUCCCAGUUACAGCCCGACCUCGCCCAGUUACAGCCCGACCUCGCCCAGUUACAGCCCCACGUCCCCGAGCUACAGCCCCACGUCCCCCAGCUACAGCCCCACCUCGCCCAGCUACAGCCCGACAUCGCCCAGCUACAGCCCCACAUCUCCCAGCUACAGCCCCACUUCCCCCAGUUACAGCCCGACCUCGCCGAGCUACAGCCCCACCUCUCCCAGUUACAGCCCCACUUCCCCCAGUUACAGCCCAACCUCUCCCAGCUACAGCCCGACCUCACCCAGCUACAGCCCCACCUCACCCAACUACAGCCCCACCAGCCCCAACUACACCCCGACCUCUCCCAGUUACAGCCCCACCUCUCCCAGUUACAGCCCCACCAGCCCCAACUACACCCCGACCUCACCCAACUACAGCCCCACCUCCCCCAGCUACAGCCCCACCUCCCCCAGUUACAGCCCCACGUCCCCCAGCUACAGCCCGUCCAGCCCCCGCUACACCCCGCAGUCGCCCACCUACACCCCCAGCAGCCCCAGCUACAGCCCCAGCAGCCCCAGCUACAGCCCCACGUCCCCCAAGUACACCCCGACCAGCCCCAGCUACAGCCCCAGCUCCCCCGAGUACACCCCGACCUCGCCCAAGUACAGCCCCACCUCGCCCAAGUACAGCCCCACGUCCCCCAAGUACAGCCCCACCUCGCCCACCUACAGCCCCACCACGCCCAAGUACAGCCCCACGUCGCCCACCUACAGCCCCACCUCGCCCGUCUACACCCCGACGUCGCCCAAGUACAGCCCCACCUCGCCCACCUACAGCCCCACGUCACCCAAGUACAGCCCGACGUCGCCCACCUACAGCCCCACAUCGCCCAAGGGCUCCACGUACAGCCCCACGUCCCCCGGCUACAGCCCCACGUCGCCCACGUACAGCCUCACCAGCCCGGCCAUCAGCCCCGACGACAGCGACGACGACAACUGAGGGCUCCGACUGUGGGCACGGGGGUGGUGCAGCCCAAAAACAUCCCCGGAUCCCUGUGGGGACGGGGGUGGUACAACCCAAAAAC